AUGGCUAAGGAGGGGGUGGUGGCCGCAGCAGAGAAGACCAAGGCUGGGGUGGAGGGGGCAGCCGCCAAGACCAAGGAGGGGGUCAUGUAUGUAGGUUCAAAGACAAAGGAGGGAAUGGACGCAGGAGUAAACAAAGUUGCUAACCGCGACCAGGCAAACAUCGUCGGGGACCCCACUGCUGCCGGAGCUGACCUCUCGCAGGGUGGCAUGGAGAACACCGGACAGGCGGCGGAAUAUGGAGGAAUGGAGCAGGGAGGAGAAGGAGAGGGCUCUCAGGGCGGCUACUAG